AUUCUUAAAUGGCGCAGCACAUCACGUGAUCACCACUCCAUCCAUUAGAAGAAUCAAUAUAAGAAAGACAAAAAAAAAUAAAAAAUCUCAUAUCUCCUCUUCAUCUCAACUUGAGGCCUCACUUGCCAAGCAUCAACAACAAUGGAGAAGAAUCAGCACAAACAUCACUUUUUAUUCGUAGCCUUCCCCAUCCAAGGCCAUAUCAAUCCAGUCCGCCACCUAGCCAUGCGUCUCACAACCCUCAGCAACACCACUGUCACCAUCUCCACCGCCGUCUCCUGCCACCGCCGGAUGUUUAACGUUUCUGACCCCAACCAAGAAAUCCAGGAGGGAAACCUCACCUACAUCCCAUUCUCCAAUGGAUACGACAAUGGAUUCAACUCCGAAACUGACGACCCCAAGCUCUACCUGUCCACCUUCAAGCAAAAUGGUCUAAAAACACUCUCCACCAUCGUCCAAUCCCUUUCCCAACGUGCUCGCCCAGUGACGUGCAUAAUUUACACCAUUUUGAUGUCCUGGGCCGCCGGAGUUGCUCGUGAGCACAACAUUCCUUCAGUGUUUUUUUGGAACCAGACUGCCACAGUGUUUGCCAUCUGCUAUCACUUUUUUCACGGUUACGAGAGCUUGAUCACAGACCACGCUAGCAACCCGGAGUUCACCAUCCAUUUACCGGAGUUGCCGCCACUCAAGAUCAAAGAGUUACCGUCAUUCAUCACGAUCACUGACCCGAACCAUCCCUUCUUCUCAGGGCUCUUUGCUUUACGUGGUGAUUUUGAAGCUUUAGAUUUGGAAGCUGGGGAUAGGCAGCUGCCAAAGGUUCUCUUUAACUCGUUUAGUGCCUUGGAGACCAGUGCGUUGGCCUCAGUUAAUGAGAUUGAGACUCUAAGUAUAGCACCAUUGAUGCCAUUUUUAUUCAGUAGCCCUGUAGAUGAGGUGCAUAGGGAUUUGUUCAAAAAUGAUGAGAGGGAUUACAUGAAAUGGUUGGAUUCGAAGGAGGAGGGGUCAGUGGUGUAUGUGUCAUUUGGAAGUGUGGCAAUGAUGAAGAGGACUCAGAUGGAGGAGAUGAUGAAAGGGUUGAAGGAGAGUGGGAGACCAUAUCUAUGGGUCGUGAGGAAGGAUAACAGAGAGGAAGGAGUUGAGUUGGACGGAGGAGAGGAAGGGAUGGUGAUCCAAUGGUGCUCUCAAUUGAGAGUAUUGUCGCAUAGAGCGGUCGGGUGUUUCGUGACACACUGUGGGUGGAACUCCAUGCUAGAAAGCUUGGUUUGCGGAAUGGCAAUGGUGGGAGUGCCCCAGUUUUCGGAUCAAGCGACGAACGUGAAGCUGGUGGAGGAGGUGUGGGGGAGUGGGGUGAAAGGAAAGGUUGAUGAAGAAGGGGUGUUGAAAGGGGAGGAGCUGAAGAGAUGUUUGGACAUGGUGAUGGAUGAAGGGGAGGAGAGUGUGAGAAUAAGGAGAAGAGCAAAGAUGUGGAGAGACAAGGCUUUGGAGGCAGUGAAUGAAGGAGGUUCUUCUUAUGCUAAUCUUCAGGCAUUUCUGUCUCUCUGUGCAGUUGAUCGUCAUGGCAUUCUCCGGUUAGGGCUAUUCUCCCAUAUUCUCCCAUCCAUCGGCGUCAACUGCACCCUCACAUUCUCCAGGCACCGACGUUGACUGCAGCCAAUCGUCAUCACAUUUCCAUCUGCCUUCAUCGCACCUUCUACCAAACUAGUCUUGUUCAUACUCACCUCAUCACCGGCGGAAUCAUUUUCUCGAAGAGCUCACUUUCCUCUCCUUCUUUACCCGUCGAGGUCGAUUGCAACCUUUUAUCGAAGCAUUCUCUGACCACCGUCAUCACAUUCUCUACCUCAUCACCGACAUCGCCCAUAGACGUAAGUCCCUGAAAAUAAAUUGUAACGUUUAUGUGUAUUCUUGUAAAUUUCAUUUAGGUUUAAUCAAUGAUUAUUGGGCUA